AUGACUCCACGAGAUCACAUGAGAAAAAUGUCUAUCCUGGGGGAACAAGGAGCACUAGAAGAGAAGCACUUGUACCGAUUAGCAAGUGGUAUGGCAGCAGGAGAACUGCGGCAGCGGCAAGAGAUGCUAAUGAGAAAUCAGUUGAUGGCAGUAAACCCUCAGCUGAUGAGCGCAGGCCAGCAGAGGAUGCAGGCGAUUCCCUCCCAGUUUGAGCCUCGAUUGGUAGACAGAGAUCUGUUACCUUCAGCUGAAAUGAUGGCUUCAGCUGACCCAAGACAAAUCCAUAUAGCAUCCCACCUGGCACCCACGGUCCCACAGCACGCAAACAUGCCAAACAUCUUGUCCAGCCGUGUUUACCCAGGCCCAGGAUACAGCUUUCUGCAACCAGAAUCCAUGGAAGCUGUGGCCAGAAGACAGGAACUGGUUCAAAAGCAAAACAUUGCCAGGAUGGAAAUGGAGAUGAGCACUAUUUUUCAACAAAAAGAAAUGGAGAAAGCUCAUCGGAAAGGGCUAUUGGGCCUGGAAGCACCUUUCCUUUACCAUGGGAUGCCAGCUAGUCCCAUUGCUUUCCGUGGCAGGCACAGACUACCCGAAGGCCAUCCACCCAGCGACUUGUAUGUCCAUCGUACCACCCUUGAUGAAAUUCAUGGCAACACUAUGCUCAUGGCAACUAGCCCGUACCCUCCAGUCAGCACUUUGCAACGGGAGAGGGGACGUCGACCAGGGAGAAGAGCUGGAAAUCACAAAACUGCAGACUGUAGUGCAAAUGGCACAAAGAACCAAGCUGACGACAAAGCUACGGACUCUGCUUCAGCUGCAGCGGAUGAUGAGAAAGAAGACAAGAAAGAAGCAGAGGUGGAGACACCAAACAAACAUGAACAAAGCAAAAACCAGGCCGAGCCAUCUGCAGUUGCCAAAAACUGUAAAGAGUUUGAACAAGGCUUGAGAAAAAACUGUGCUACUCAUGAAAUUUCUAAUGAAACCAACAGCUGCAGCAACACAAAUGAGAAGGAAUCUAAUAGCUCCUGCACUGCUUUUGAUGACAAGUACAUGUACCCUUCUGCAAUCCCAUUCUCAGCAUUACCAUAUGGAUUCCCAGUACCCAGCAACCCAUUGUUGCCUUCAGGAGCACAUGGCCUGAUCCUGAAUGGAGAAGACAUUUCUUCCAUUGAAGACAUUCGCAAGUGGACUGUCGAUGAUGUAUACAACUUCAUCGUUAGCCUCCCGGGCUGUUCAGAUUAUGCCCAGAUCUUUAAGGACCAUGCUAUUGAUGGAGAAACCCUCCCGCUGCUAACAGAGGAACACCUCCUGGAUACAAUGGGAUUAAAACUCGGACCAGCAUUGAAAAUCCGCUCUCAGGUUUCCCGACGUCUGGGCAAUGUGUUCUACAUGAUGAAUCUUCCCCUAUCCAUGCCCCUGCCACCUGCUCCAGGCAAACCCUCCGAUCAGCCCUCCGACAUAGCCUCCCCUCUCCACUGCAAUAGCAGUGGUGAUACACUGGAUAGUCCCUGCUCUCAGGACCCGGAAACUUCCAAAGCAGUGGAACAGAUUGUUUCAGAAAGCAGGGAAAACCCAUGUGACACAGCUGGAUCUCAGGUGGACUUCCAAAUGAUCACUUUUCAGAAAAGUUGA